GACUGUAAUUUAAUGAAACGCGAUUAGUAUGCCCGUCGACGCUUCCCGGGCCAAUUUACUUUUUUUCGAUUUUCGAUAACGCAUCGUCAUUCGGUCUACCCGAAAUCGAAUUCAGCUGCGCCAAUGCCAAUCGCACGUUCACUCGGCUAAUUUUUCUUGCUGAUUUGUCGGGAGGAAGUGAUUGCUGCUACCUCGGUCGACUCUCUGCGCAUGCCCACGAGCAGUGAUUCAACGAUCUCGGCCAUGAACCAAAAAAAAACGCCCAUGCCAACGGCACCGGAUCAACCAAGUCAAGCGACAAACGUCCUUUACACGAUGCUACCUCAACCACAAGUCGGUCCUGAUCCGGUUGUGACGACUUGCCCUCACUGCAAUACCACGAUCACUUCUCGCGUUGAGAAGAGGACUUCUAUGAAAACUCAUCUAUUCUUCAUUCUGCUGUGUGCGCUUGGCUGCUGCUGCUGCGCGCCCUUCGUCUACUGCACCAGCAGCUGCCUCGCCAAGAAGCACACUUGCCCCACCUGCAAUUAUUUGUUGGGCGUCUACGACAAGUAAACCUCCGCCGCGUGCGUUUUCCACUCGUCUUCGUUUCCGUUGCACAAAUGAUGCUGCGAUUGUACGCUGCGCGCCGUAUAAAGUCUCGCUGCGCACCAUCGUCGGCUUCCCUCCCAUUACUUUCAAAUUAUUGCAACAAGUAAGAUGGAACGCAAAACUUUCACCGAAAUAACUAUAAGUGAACCUGUAAACUUCAAUUUUUACGAUAUCCAUAUUCUUACUCCUCCAUUACGUGAGUUAGACACCAUGUGCGAAUUUUCAACUUGCAAAGUGCUGGGUUUCUCGAUGUUUUUAUCUCUGAAACCGUACCAAUCCAUAUCUUGGCUUACGUUUUCUAAGUAAACGUUAACUGCAUUUGUGUAAGCAAAAUAGCAUUAUGAGUAUUGGAAAGGUAAAGUCAUUAAUAACGUGUGAAAAUGUCUAAUCUCGCGUUAAUGUACAGGAAUUUUUUAUUUUGCCAUGUACUUUAUUAAUUAAACUACUUCAAACUCUUAAAUAUUCCCAUAUUUUGAAAGUCUGUGUGAUUUCGUAAGUAAUUUACUUUAAUUAUAUUUUGUGUCAAAGUAAUUUAUUUUAUAUGUGAAUUAUUUUUUUUAUACGUGAAUUAUUUUGAAAGCGUUUUGUUGCUCAAACGCUGACAGUUUGAAAAUUUGAAAAUGCCAUACAUUAGAAAUAUGCAUUUAUUUUUUUCAAUUUUUUAUUCAAACGCAUUUCCCAUGCCUGUGAAAAUAAACACAUCUGUCAUAAUAUGAAAAUGUAUUUAUUUAUUUGCCUUGUUACCUCAUAACGUGAAUUUUUAUAUUACAGUUUAUCUGUUGUACAUGAUAUUGCAAUAAUAAGAAAAACGCAGCUACAUAGAUUUGACUUGCAUCUUGUAUUUAUCGUGACUAGCUAAAGUAAGAUAAUUGUUAAAUGGACUGUAACAGGUCACUUACCCUUUUGGUCGAAAAUUCGAAAAUUGCUAAAAGCUAAAAGAACAAAAAAAAAAAAAAAUACGUGCAAAAUGAAUUCCGCGAAGCGUUAAAUUUGCCUAAACCUCUAGAGAGACAAUCACAAGCUCGUCUCCAUUGUUUUCCCAACGUAUUUGCACCAACGACGGAUGUAUAGACUCUAAUCACUAGUUAGCUGGUUUUCUGCGCACGUACAUAACG